AUUUACUUUCAUAAGCACAUUUCUAUAUACAUAGAUAUAAAUCUAUGAGUUAAAAUUGGUCUGCUGCAUACGAAAGUCUAUUUGUUUAAAGAGUUCGCAAAGGUUGUGAUGAUCGCACGUAACUAAUAAUUUAUCAACAUUAUGAGCAAGGAAGUGCAUUAUGAAGGAUGGUUGAUAAAGUCACCACCUUCGAAACGAAUCUGGAGAUCGCGAUGGCGCCGACGAUGGUUCACUUUAAAACAAGGAGAAAUUCCGGAACAGUUUUGUCUUGAGUAUUACACUGAUCGUAAUUGUCGUAAACUGAAAGGUAUAAUUGAUUUAGAUCAAUGUGAGCAAGUUGAUUGUGGUCUUCGAUUGGAAAAUCGGAAACAAAAGUUCCAAUUUAUGUUUGACAUCAAAACUCCAAAACGAACAUUUUAUCUAGCUGCCGAUUCUGAAGAAGACAUGCGUGAUUGGGUUAAUUGCAUUUGCCAAGUAUGCCACUUGCACGACACAAAACAUUCUUUAGAUGAUAACGGCAGUAUCCAUUUUUCCAACAACAAGAAUACACCUGUAUUAGCAGCUGUCGACGAUUUACAGUUUCUAACAAACAAGCGUAACAAGGAACUGAAUAACGAUAAAUUAUCUGUUAUAGUACCGUCUACGUCUACGGCAGCCAUUCACUGCAACAGUGUUUAUCAGAAUAGCGACUCUACUUAUGUGAAUGCGGAACAUAGCAAUAGUGAGUUACGCGAUGAUUUAAGUCAGGUUCAACAUCAUACUGAAAAUACUACGAAGAAUGCCAGCAUCGAACGCAGUUUAACAGUUGCGGCCUCUGGAAAUGAUGAAAAAACUUAUCUUAAUGCACCCAUAUUAUCUAAUACAAAGGAAGAUAGUGCAGACCGCUUACAAGCAAAUGGAAAUGGCGUAAUACGUAAGGUUCCCGAAAAUUUAAUUCUGCAAAACUCACCUUUACUGGAAGCUUUCACACUUACCGUUCAACCAUCUCCUUCGUUAAGCACCUCCUCUGGCCCUUAUAUUCCCAUAAGUGAAUGUUUCUCAGGCAUACCUAAAUAUCAUGAAAACCCGACUACACCACUGAAUAAUUUGGAUCCAAAAUUUUAUGAUACUCCACGAAGUCAUAAUAAUAUUGGCUUAAAUCUCACCAACGAUAAAUCUUAUUCACCAAAAAUUACUAACUGUAGUGGGGAACAAAUAUCGGCUGCUAAACGUUGUCCAACGGUUAAUAAUCGUUCAGAUUCGGAUUCUGAGAGUGUAUUUACGGAUGAUGAUGAUUGGACUUACCCCAUGCCCCUCCGAGAGAAUGUUGACCGCAAUACACGGCCUUCUGACAGUUCAGUGGAAAACGAAUCAUUUGUUUUAACAUAUUCUCAACGAUUCUCUAAAUUACCUGAUGAUGUCAAUGAUAAGACAAAUGAAUUUAACUAUAAUGUUAAUUCUGAGGGAAAAAAUCAACCUUGCGAAGCAGUCAAAGUGUAUAAAAAUAAACGAAAUCUAUCCCUAGAUAUUAAAAAAAAUGAAAGCACGUCAACGGAAAUACCACAACUAUCUGAUACGGAAAACACCUCGCCAGCGAUUGGACCGCAAGAUGCCAGUUCAAUUGUUGAAGACAGCUAUGAUAUACCACGCUCUCAUCAGCUUCCAUAUCAUAAUAUAGCUGAAAUGUUUAAGGAGAAAAUAUGGGAUCCGAAAACAAAACAUUCAUCGAAAUUCGUAACGUCAUUGGAUCCAAGUGCCGAUUCGAGAUCAGAUUCUCAAGAAAUUUUACGUAAACAUUUUUAUACGAAUGCAGCGCCUAAUAAUAAAUUUGAAGGAAAUGUAUUUCGUUAUGACUUCGUAGAACAUUCUGAAUUGCCACCAGUAAACCGUAAGCUGAAACCAAAAAUUAGUACCACAAAUAAAUGGCCCGAAGAAGUAACGGAAAAGCAUAAAGCAGACAAAACAGGUUAUAACGCAUUCAUUGAAGAUAUCUUGAAUUUAAGGCCUCCAUCAGUUGAUCGCAAUCUUAAGCCUAAUGCCUAUAAGUUAGUAAAUUCAACAUUGAUGGAACACACUUUUCGUUGUUCGGUAGAUAUACCACCGUCAAUAGAUAUAUCGGCAGAAACAAAUAAAUACAUAUUGGAAACUAAAACCUUGCCACGUCAAAAUUGCUCAGUGGCAGGCAAAAAUAAAGCUCAUUUAAGUACUGGAACCAUUGACGUUUCAAUUUUACCUCAGCCGUCAGCAUCUGCAAACAGUUCAAAAUAUCAAACUAAAUUGAAACUCCUGCCAACAAAUGAACACCGACUUCAGUAUUUCGAUUUAGAUGUAGCAAAUCCACCAGCUGCAAACCGACAGAGUACAAAUAAUAUAACCAAGCAGGAGCCAAGUAAGGCCGAUUCAUUAACGCAAAGUCCUUUAAAAAGUGGUGUGGUUUAUAAUUCAGUAGACUUUUUGAAAACAGAAGCAUUUAAUCGUAUCCGUGAAGAACGUAAAAAAGAAAGUGAAGGCGUGAAUCCGAAAUAAUGAAGAUAAAUUGAUCAUUUUAUUGCACUUUUAUAUAUCACUUAUAGAUACAGUUAUUAAUUAAAGUCAAACCUAGCACACAACAAAAAAUGGAACUUGUGCAACUAAAUUCAAAUUUUUCAAAUACCAAAUUCGUGGUAUGGACUAGGCCUUGGAUUACUAGUUAUCCUCACUGAGAAUAUAUUUGUGGUACAGCAGUUAAUAUAAGGUUGUCAAAAAAGUCUUGCGGUAUUUCCGCAAGCUUGUCUUUGCAAACGCAUAGUUCUAGUUGUAUUCGUCGCAUCGGUUCACGCUAGAGCGUUUUGGAAAGCUCUUUUCACGUGCUAACACGUAUUUGAUUAAGUGUUGUUUGCUUUUAGUCGUUCGUGAGUUAUAGCGUCGCAAACAUGAAGCAAAAUAAAGGGAAAAUACGGCAUAUUUUACAGUACUACUACGAUAAAGGCAAAAAUGCAUCUCAUGCUGCCAAUAAAAUUUGUGCAGUUUAUGGACCCGAUACAGUUUCCAUUUCCACCGCACAGCGAUGGUUUCAACCUUUUCGUUCUGGUGCAGAGGUGAUCGAAGAAGCACCACGGUCCGGAAGGCCUGUCGUCAAAAAUUGCGAUAAAAUCGCUGAAUUGAUCGAAAGAGACCGGCAUAGUAGCAGCCGUAGCAUCGGCCAAGAGCUGGGCAUGAGUCAUCAAACCGUUAUAAACCAUUUGAAGAAGCUUGGAUUCAAAAAGAAGCUCGAUGUAUGGGUGCCACAUGACUUGACGCAAAAAAAACAUUUUUGCCCGUAUGGAUGCAUGCGAAUCGCUUCUGAAUCGCAACAAAAUCGACCCGUUUUUGAAGCGGAUGGUGACUGGCGAUGAAAUGUGGGUCACUUACGACAACGUGAAGCGCAAACGGUCGUGGUCGAAAAGCGGUGAAGCUGCCCAGACGGUGGCCAAGCCUGGAUUGACGGCCAGGAAGGUUCUUCUGUGUGUUUGGUGGGAUUGGCAGGGAAUCAUCCACUAUGAGCUGCUCCCCUAUGGCCAAACGCUCAAUUCGGACCUGUACUGCCAACAACUGGACCGCUUGAAUGCAGCACUCAUGCAGAAGAGGCCAUCUUUGAUCAACAGAGGCCGCAUUGUCUUCCAUAAGGACAACGCCAGGCCACACACAUCUUUGGUGACGCGCCAGAAGCUCCGGGAGCUCAGACGGGAGGUUCUUUUGCAUCCACGGUAUAGUCCGGAUCUCGCACCAAGUGAUUACCACCUAUUUCUGUCCAUGGCGACCGAGCUUGGUAGUCGGAAGUUGUCCUCAAGAGAGUCCUGUAAAAAUUGGCUCUCCGAGUUUUUUGACAAUAGGGAAGCGAGCUUCUAUAAGAGGGGCAUUAUGAAGUUGGCAUCUCGUUGGGAACUCGUCAUCGAACAAAACGGAGCAUAUUUGACUUAAAUCGCAUUAUUAUAACCAAUUUUAUGAACAAUUGAAAAUUCAAUAAAAAUACCGCAAGACUUUUUUGACAACCUUAUAUUACAAAUCUACGAAUAUUAUAAAUCAACAUAGAUAUUGUAAUAAAUCAGCAUAACAAUCAUCUGCCACUUAUAGGUGGAAAAAUAUUAUAAUAUGGUCGUUAAUUUGUAGAUUUAAUGCGCCCUAGUAUUAAUAUUGUAAUAUUCAUAUUAUUAAGUUAAUGAUUAUGUACACAGAAAUCAUGAGGAUACAAAUUAAAGCUGCAUAGUAAAAAUGGCAUAUAUUUUUACACUAAAAAUGUUCUGUUAUGUAAAUGGUGUAUCAAACCUUGCAAAUAAAUAUUUUACUCUAUAUGAGGUUACUUGCGAAAUUUAAUAA